CAGAUUUUUCACCCUUCAACAUCUUACACAAUCAUGGUCAAGAAAGUCUUAUUGUUAGGUUCUGGUUUUGUUGCCAAACCCACUGUCGAUAUCUUAUCGCAAACUGCUAACGUUGAAGUUACUGUUGGAUGCAGAACUUUGUCCAAGGCUCAAGCCCUUGCUGGAACCGUUGCCAAGGCCAUCUCUGUUGAUGUCACCAACGAGGCUCAAUUGGAUGAGGCUGUUUCCCAGUUCGAUUUGGUGAUCUCAUUGAUUCCUUAUAUCUACCAUGUUAAUGUGGUCAAGGCAGCAAUCAAGUUCAAGAAGCACGUUGUGACCACUUCCUACAUCAACCCGCAAUUGAAAGCAUUGGAAUCCCAGAUCAAGGAAGCUGGUAUCACUGUCAUGAACGAAAUCGGGUUGGACCCAGGUAUUGAUCACUUAUACGCAGUUAAAACCAUUGAUGAGGUCCAUGCCAAGAACGGUAAAAUCACCUCUUUCUUGUCUUACUGUGGUGGUUUGCCAUCGGCUGAAUCCUCUGACAAUCCUUUGGGAUACAAAUUUUCCUGGUCUUCCAGAGGUGUGUUGUUGGCUCUUUCCAACCCUGGUAAGUACUGGGCUGAUGGUGAAGUUGUCAAUGUUAAGUCCGAAGACUUGAUGAGCACUGCUAGACCAUACUUCAUCUAUCCCGGUUAUGCUUUGGUAUGCUACCCAAACAGAGACUCCACUACCUAUAAGGAGUUGUAUAACAUCCCUGAAGCUAAGACCGUUAUCAGAGGUACUUUGAGAUACCAAGGAUUCCCAGAGUUCAUCAAGGUGUUUGUGGACUUGGGUUUGUUGAAGGACGAUGCUACCGAAAUCUUCAGCUCCGAGGUGGCUUGGAAUGAAGCUUUGAGCAAGUAUAUCGGUGCUGCUUCCACCUCUGAAAAGGAUAUUGUGGCUAAGAUCGAUGCCUUGACCAAAUUCAAGGAUGAUGCUGAUAGAGAAAGAAUCUUAUCUGGGUUCAAGUGGUUAGGUUUAUUCAGUGACCAGAAGAUCACACCAAAGGGUAACCCAUUGGAUACCUUGUGUGCUACUUUGGAAGAAUUGAUGCAAUACGAAGAAGGUGAGAAGGACUUGGUUAUUUUGCAACACAAGUUUGGUAUCGAAUGGGAGAACGGUGAAACCGAAGUCAGAACUUCGACUUUGGUUGAUAUUGGUGAUCCAAAUGGAUACUCUUCUAUGGCCAAAUUGGUUGGUGUUCCAUGUGCGAUUGCAACCCAACAAAUCUUGGAUGGUACUUUAAACAAGGCUGGUUUGUGGGCUCCAUUGUCUUCUGAUAUCAACGAACCUAUCAUGAAGGUCUUGAAAGAAAAGUACGGAAUCUAUUUGACCGAAAAGACUAUUUAGAUAUAUAAGUAAAUUGAUCCCGCUUGUUUCGCUAUUCUAAUAGUUGUCAUAAUCUUCGUCACUAUCGUCCUCAAAAUCAGGACUGUCAGAAUACGAUCUUCUCAUAUCAUGAAGCUGUUGAAGUACUUCAUCUUUUUCCCCAAGAAUCAACCCCAUCGAUGUCAGGGUUCUUCGUAUGUAGUCGAUUAACUUUUUCAAAUCAUACCGGAUAGAUGAGUCGAUGCCAAACUCGGUAUAUGCCUUGGAGAAUUCUAAAACAGGUGGAAAUGUGUCGACUUUGGUGAUAUCUAAAAUAUCAUUGUUUGUAUAGUAUACAUGGGCAUCUGGUUUUGGUUUCAGGGUCAAGAACAUGUCUUUGUCCCAGGUAUUAACAGUAUAAUGAGUGCUGAAUCGGUGAACAGACUUAUUGUUGAACCCAAACUCAAGCAGUUUUUCGGGUGAGCCAACAUCAUAGAGACUUAAUUUGUCCAAUGCUGGUUCCUUGAGUUCAUCAAUGCUCACAUGAUUAACUAUGUUUCUGUUGGAAUCAUUUCCAAGGAGAUUGGAUUCGAUUUCCUUCAUGGUGGAUAUUCUAGGGCUGGAGUUGAUUAAUUCCCAUAAUGAGUUGACGACAACCGAUUGAAGUCCUCCUGUUUGCCAAUUCGUUCCCUCUACUGGCAGGUUCAAAGGAAUCACCAAACUCGAAUUGGUGGAAAAUUCCACUAAACUUCUGAUCCUUGUGAGGUUCUCAAAUGGCGUCAACCUGGUAUUUUUCAUCAAGUCCCAUAUCCAAAUGUUGAACUUAUUAUUGGAAGUAUAGUUGAAAAACUCAUCUUUGACACUGACAAGUAACUCGGUAGUGAACCCACUCCAGGCGCUAUCAGACUCUGUGAAAAGCUGCAUGCCUUCAAAAAAGUCCGACUCUUCCAACAUUUUUCGGAAAGUGUCAAUGGCAUCAUCUUCCUUGCCAGUAAAUUCGGUUUGGCCCAAGUUAAAGGCAGUGAACUGCAUUGAAGGCGAUAGUCGGUGAACAACUUUAUUACUAUCGUUGAGUUCGUACGAUUCGAGCGACUUCAACAGCAUGGGCCGGAAUAUCAACUUCACGUAGUCUGACCAAUAGCUGGUGUUAGAAACAGUUAGUGUGUUAGAUCUGUUCAAUCCUUUAUCAAGACCCACCUGAUACUCAUUUUUGGGCACCUUGGGAUUUGUGGAGAUGAUUUCAAUUCCCUGGCCACUGGGAGAGUAUGUGUGAUCCUCCAAAUCGUAGUAAUCAUAUUUGCCGAGAGACCCAAACCCAUUUCGAGCAUCAUAUAUCAAAGCCCUCGGAGAAUAGUUGGUUUUCCCAUUUAGCUUGAGCAGUGAAAGAAACACCUUGUUGUCGUACCUAAGCACUUGGUCUCGCUUAUAAGGGAUGUGUGCUUCCUGGAAGUUGUACAAGUGGGUCAACACAUGGUUAGCGGCUUGUGAACAGCCGAUAUUAAUGACUUCCCCCAUAUCACGACCGAUGGAUU